AUGCGAGGACUUUUUAGUUAUCACAUCAUGAUAGUCUCGAAGUACCUCAAAACUAUCAAAGACUUUAUUAACUUGGAGUUGGUAUGCAAGAAGUUUGGUGGCAAUAUGGAGAAGUUCCACUUCAACCCGAUUCCGUUAAAUUCCAAAACACUUGGAUACUUUCCAAACAUCGAGACACUUCACUUGUGGAAUAAAAAGGAUGAGAACUUUGGCAAUGAAUUUACGAUCAACAGAAGAGAAAAUGGAGAUAGCGGAAAUGAAACUGUUUUAAAGAAAGAGUUUUAUCGAAUCAUCGUGUGGUUCAAUGUUGUUUUUGAAACUGUUAACAGAAACAAAAAUCGAAACAUUGAGUUUAAAAAUGUCACUUACACUAAAAAUGAUAGAAAGAAAUUUGGUAACAACAUACCAUCAAGUGUGACAUCUAUUGGUGAUAAAUGUUUCAGUGGAUGCAGUAGUUUGAGCAGUAUUACAAUACCAUCGAGUGUGACAUCAAUUGGUGGUAGUUGUUUCGGUGAAUGCAGUAGUUUGACAAGUGUUACAAUACCAUCAAGUAUAAUAUCAAUUGGUAAAUAUUGUUUUUAUGAAUGCAGUAAUUUAAGCAGUAUUACAAUACCAUCAAGUGUGAGAUUAAUUAAUGAUUGGUGUUUCAGUGGAUGCAGUAGUUUGGGUAGUGUUACAAUAUCAUCAAGUGUCGCAUCAAUUGGUUAUUGUUGUUUCAGUGGAUGCAGUAGUCUGAGCAGUAUUACAAUACCAUCGAGUGUGAGAUCAAUUGGUGGUUAUUGUUUUAAUAAUUGUAGAAAAUUGACAAGUGUUACAAUACCAUCGAGUGUGACAUCAAUUAGUGAUUAUUGUUUUUAUGAAUGCAGUAGUUUGACAAGUGUUACAAUAUCAUCAAGUGUGAGAUUAAUUAAUGAUUGGUGUUUUAGUGGAUGCAGUUAUUUGAGCAGUGUUACAAUACCAUCAAGUGUCAAAUAUAUUGGUAUAUAUUGUUUCUAUAAAUGCAGUAGUCUAACAAGUGUUAUAAUACCAUCAAGUGUCACAUCAAUUGGUAAAUGUUGUUUCAGUGGAUGCAGCAGUUUGAGCAGUGUUACAAUACCACCAAGUGUAAUAUCAAUUGGUUGUCAAUGUUUUUAUGAAUGCAAUAGUUUGAGUAGUGUUACAAUACCAUCGAGUGUGACAUCGAUUGGUGAAGGUUGUUUCAGUGGAUGCAGUAGUUUGGGUAGUGUUACAAUAUCAUCAAGUGUCGCAUCAAUUGGUUAUUGUUGUUUCAGUGGAUGCAGUAGUCUGAGCAGUAUUACAAUACCAUCGAGUGUGAGAUCAAUUGGUGGUUAUUGUUUUAAUAAUUGUAGAAAAUUGACAAGUGUUACAAUACCAUCGAGUGUGACAUCAAUUAGUGAUUAUUGUUUCUGUAAAUGCGGUAGUCUAACUAGUGUUACAAUACCAUCAAGGGUGAUAUCAAUUGGUAAUUAUUGUUUCAUUGAAUGCAGUAGUUUAAGAAGUGCUCCUAAAGCCAGCCCCCCACCCACUUCCUGGGAAGAGAGAUUACUUAAAUGUAAGAUUGUGUAA